UGGAGCAUCUUGAACCGAGUGCUGUUGCAGUAUCGUAAAUGCUGCCUGAGUUGGCGGCAUCUCCAGAAAGUAGCCAUACCGUCAAAAUGCUGGGCAUCAUAGAGCAAUGGGAUGCAGCGUCUGGCAAUCAUACAGACAACACUGACAAGUACCUGUUACUCAUGCUUUUCAAGUUAGGACUGGAUGCAGUGGCCCUUCACUUGUGCUGCCGGAAGCGGUUUACCUCCUUUUUAAGCAUGUGCAGCCUGUCCAUCGUCUUGGCUGACUUGGUGAUGGUGUUAUUAUUGGCAGGUGUGUGGUUUCUUGGGCCUGAGAGGUAUCUUGUGUCACUGUGCUUCAUCUUGGCUAAGGCCUCGAAAACAUAUGAAGCACUGCCGCUGCCCAUGACAUGCUUGGGUUUUCUAGACUACUGCUUAGAAGACAGCAACCUCUGCAAACAGAGCAUGCCCUGUAAAUACAUAAGGAAUGCUGUCCUGACUUUGCUGGUGUGGAUGCUAGCUGUUUUUUACUCCUUUGUUUCUGCCACUUCCGAUCUGAUGGAGCUGGAUUAUGUGACAGGUGUAAGGGCCCUUGUGUGUGAUGUAGAGGAGUCUGCACUGAUUACCUACUUCAUUUUGGGGCUGUUCGCAGUAGUUAUUUGUACCAUGCUGCCCUAUUGGUCAAUGAUUCCCCAGUGGUUGAAAGAGGCUGACAGAUUAUCUGAAGCGAGGGAAGAACAAGAGAACCAGAGCAGCGAUUUGUUGUUCACUUCAACCAACUGCACUGAGACAAAAAGUGGCAUAGAGAACAAUCUGGAGGAGACAGUCCAGCCGUACCCGCCUCUGUGGUUCAGCCUAACACUGGGCUUCAGUAUAUUUUGGAUGCCUUAUCUCACCGUAUCUGUGGGCUGUUUGAUCUUAGGCUAUGGAGUACCUGCCUACAUCACUGUUAACCUUCUGUGGUUGGAGUGCGCCAACAGUUUCCUGAUGGGUGUGGUAUUUUGGGUAAAUAGCAAGUCGCAAGGACCAUACAGCCAGCUCCCAGAAAACGUGUGCUUGUGGCAUGUUUACUGGCAUUUGAGCAGAGGAACAAGACAGCAGCAACUGCCUGUAGCUGUGUUUAACCCAUCAAAAGCAAAGAGAAACACUCUCCUCUAUGUGUGACAGAAGAAGAGGUCAACAAUAAACCUGUUACACCUAAGAGCCAACAGCCAACAUCAACUGAAAAGCAUGAUAGGAGAAGGUAAAGAAAGACUUGACUUAGCAUCUGUAAGUGGUUCACCUGUGUGUUAGAUGCUUAAACUGAAGCCUGGACACAGACAUGAAUGUCCCAGCUCUUCAUCAGCUCAAACAGAAAGGCUUUUGGGAAAGAAUUAAACUGUACAUGCUGCAGCUAACCAGACACUGUGACUGGACUUCCAAAUGUACUUUGGAGUUUUGCUGAAAGCUGUGAUCAUUAUGCUAAACCUAUGUAAAUAUUUGCAGAAAUCACACCACAAAUAUUCUUUUUGUACGAUCAUUUGUAUAUUUGUUGUACAGGCUUUUCAAAGAUAAUUUUGGUCUUGAGGGAAAAACUAUAUUGACUUAUGAUUGAUAGCUAUUCUUUUUGGAUUUUCUGUCCCAAACAGGUGUAAAUGCUGUUUAACAAAUAUCUUUUUAAAAAGUCCUUAAUUUUUCUUUGACUGAACCAUGUAUUUUUCUACUUUUUGUUUGAAAACAUGAAUUACACAUACAUUAAAUGUGAAUAGAUUUAUUUGAAGAGGCUCAAAGUUUAUUCCUGACCUUGAUGAUCAUGUGAUAUGAUCAAAAGCUAAUGGACCUUCUAAUGAGAU